CUCACGUCGGUACGGGGGAAGGGAAGCUGAGAUUGGAGGAAAGCGACAAGAAGUGUGUUUUUAGACCGACUGUCCGAAGUCACCGUUCCUUCUGUGAUCUCAUGAUCAGUCCAAACCCUGAUGGCACAUCGAAGACCCAUCUCGCUCAUGACCAGUCGCCUGGGCCCGCCUGACUCCGUACUGCUUCUCAUCCAAGUCAAGGUGUAGUGAGGAACACCAGUGGGAUCAGUGAACUUGUGGAACUUGUGUGACUGACCCUCGUCUCUGAGAUCCGCUCUUGGACCUGCGCUGGUCUUCUUCUGCUUUCUCACGUCACAGCAGCGUCUGAGCGAUGAGCUCUAAGUAAAAACUACAAUUCCGUCACAUCUCUCACUCGGAGGCAGCAUGAGUGAGGACUCGGGACGCAGGACGACGAGCGGACAGUAGCUCAGGACUUGCACCAUGGAAGGAGACGUCGCAGUCCACACGGAGAGCUCGAAUGGUUUUGCACAGGAAUGGAAGCAGACUGAAGAUCUGACCGGUGGACAGUCCACACACACACUGAUGUGUAACGGCAUCAAGGAGAACGGCGGCAUCAACGGCAGCUCGUAUCUCAGAUCCGUCCCGAUUUCAGUGCUGAAGCAGAAUGGCCUUCUACAGUCACUGGCUGCAGGCGGAGAUCAAACAGAAGCAGAUGAGGUGGACUCGGAGCUGGAGCGUGCGCAGCAGGAAUGGGAUGCCCUCGAGAGCAUCCAACCAGUUCCUGUAGAAGAUCUCGCUCCAUUGGCUCUGAUUUCUUUCAACGAGGCACUGCAACACUUUCAGACUACAGACCUCACCGAGCUUCUGAGGAACAUACAGCCAACCGUUCACAGGACAGGACUGGCCGUUGUCACACACUUCCUGUUUGGGCCGCCGCGCCUAUACAAGGAGCUGAUGGAGGAGAGAGACCUGGUGUUCGCCAUCGCACAGUGCUCUCUGGAUAACACCCAGCCGGUGCACAUGCGUGUGCUGCAGACAAUCUACCGCAAACUGACGUCUACGAAGGCAGACUGCCCUCGAUAUGGGCCGCACUGGGAGAACAUCGGCUUCCAGGGUACAGAUCCGGCUACAGAUCUGAGAGGAACCGGAUUUCUGGGUCUAAUGCACACACUUUAUCUGGUCAUGGAUCCAGAGACACUUCAGCUCGCUAGAGACAUUUACAAACUCUCUCAGCAUCCAGUACAGAAUUUUCCAUUCAGCGUGAUGUCCAUCAACAUGACCCGCAUCGUCCUGCACGCGCUCAGGGAGGAGGUUCUGACAAAGGAGUGUAACCGGCGGCAGCAGGUGGUGGGGGUGCUGAACGAGUUUUACGUGGCGACGUUUCUGCACCUGUAUGAGGUGUGGAGGACUCAGAAGAAGACCAUCUCUGACUCAGGAUACGUCCUCAAAGAUGUGGAGCUCUAUGCUAAGAAGAACCCAAAGCAGCUUCUCAAACACCUGCACUGUUACCUGCAGGAGAGACGCAGUAGGAUUGGCCACCGCACAUCACCUGACCCGCUGUCACACGGCAACCGUUCCCUCGGCGACGGGGAAGCUCUCAUACACAACUGCAGAGGGAAGGAGGGGAAGAUGAACUUCAUUGGUGUAUGUGAACUUCCACCUGAGAUGGAGGGAGAGGCCAGACUCAUCUAAGAGGGGGGGAGGGGGGAGACAAACAGACUGAAAAAUAGAUGAUUGGAGUAAAAGAGAGCAGCAGAGAUGGACUGAGAAAGCCAGACAGAGAUAGACAGAUAUAGAGAGAAAGAGGCACACAGACAGACAGACAGACAGAAAACUAGAGUGAGAGAGAUGGCAGCAAGGGAGGGAUUAAGAAAGGGGAAGAGAGAGAGAGUCUAGAAUGUAUGUUUCAUGUGAUCUGUCUCUAUCACUCACUGAGAGAGAGAGAGGGACAGACUGAGUGAGACAGACUGAGACAGACGGAGAGAGACAGACGGAGGGAGACAGACGUGGAGAGACAGAGGGAGAGACAGACGGAGAGAGACAGAUGGAGGGAGAGAGACAGACAGAGAGAGACAGACGGAGGAAGAGAGACAGACAGAGGGAGAGACAAACGGAGAGACAGACGGAGAGACAGACAGAUGGAGAGGGACAGACUGAGUGAGACAGACAGAUGGAGAGACAGACAGAUGGAGGGAGAUACAGAUGGAGGGAGAGAGACAGACAGAGGGAGAGACAGACGGAGAGACAGACAGUUCCUGCACUUGUUUGUAUCCAAAAGCACCAUGUAAUUAAACAAAACUCAGAGACAGACAGUGAACAAGUGAACGACUAAAACGCUUCACCAGACUCUAUAGAAUGUACAAUUUGCACAAUCUUUAUUGUUUUCACAAAUUAUUUUCCCACACGCACACACACACACACACACACACACACACACAUGCUCACACACACACACGCGCACACACACGUGCUCACACACACGCUCACACACACACACACACACACACACACACACACACUGUGGCUGUAGUGCAGUGUGAUUUGAGAGACAGACCCGAGACUUAUCUUGAGAUCCGAGCUUCUGGGUCAUCUGUAUGUUGACUGACUGAAAGACACAUAAAGUAACAGACAAAUUAGGAACCUGCACCACAGGCCACACCCACAGAACACCUGCACCACAGGCCACACCCACAGAACACCUGCACCACAGGCCACACCCACAGAACACCUGCACCACAGACCACACCCACAUAACUCCUGCACCACAGGCCACACCCACAGAACACCUGCACCACAGGCCACACCCACAGAACACCUGCACCACAGGCCACACCCACAGAACACCUGCACCACAGGCCACACCCACAGAACACCUGCACCACAGGCCACACCCACAGAACACCUGCACCACAGACCACACCCACAUAACUCCUGCACCACAGGCCACACCCACAGAACACCUGCACCACAGGCCACACCCACACGCUAGAACGCCAGCUAGCAGACAGGCAGUGCUGAAAUCUCUCUGAUGAUCUCCACACACACGAGUUGCAGGAUUUCAGGCAUUUAAUUCAUCAUCUGUUCUGUAGCUGAACCUUCAGGAUCGUUUCCGUAGCUCCGCCCUCACGUGUUGUUAGCAUGGCAGGUAGCAUUAGCGAUGUAGCAUCCGAUAUGUUUGAUAUGUUGAUUUUCAGUGUUCUGUUUCAAAACGACGUUAAACAGCUUCUCGGGUGUCCAUGUGUCCUGCUCCUGUCCUGACGCAUCAGUUACUCCAUCUAUUGCGAUAUUUAAGGCACAACACAAUAAUAUCGUGGACAUGUAAAAUAAUGGCGUGACGUCCGUCUCAUGUAGAACACUAUUUUUGCACCUUCACUCGUCUAGUCGAGAUUAAAUCUUAUUUUUUUUUCCCACUCAGGGUUUAUCAUGUGAUCAACAUAAUGCUGAAUACUGCGGUGUUUCGUAUAACCGACUAUCAGCUUACCGUCUGACUAAUGACCAUUAAAGUGUGUGUGUGUGUGUGUGUGUGUGUGUGUGUCUUUUUUUAUAGAGAGAGAAUUUGUGGAAUUGAAAGUGUGAGUGAUUGACAGCUGAGUUUCUGCUAUAAGACUUUAUUUGACUUCGGUCUUCAUGAUGACUUCAUAACACACCGAGAACCUACUGAGGAUCUGAGCAGAACAUUUCAGGAGCUGCUCUGAGAUCCUCCAGAUCUAAAUGACAGCAGGAUCCUCUUUAAUCCUGUAUUAAUAAGAACUACGAUAAAAUAACGUCAGUUCAUUUAAAAGAUGACGUCGAUUCCUAAUCUUUACCGUUUAGUGGAAACAGAAGUCCAAUCUAGACACGAGGUCAUCGGGUCUAAUCUCUUUUUCCAUCUUUUUCUUGUAUGUUUAUUUAUUUCUGUUGUUUGCUUCAGAGUUCCACGUUAAGAUUCCACCACGUUUCAUUUGCUAGAAAAUAAAAGUGAAAAUGAAAUGUUACAAGAUUUUUUUACAUUUUUUAGACAGUUCUUCAGUAAGAAGCUUCAACUCCCUCGUGUUAUAACCAGACUUCCUGAACGCCGCAAGCAGAAGAACGACAUAGUCGAUGUUUGUCUUUAAAACAUUACACUUCAUUACAGUUUAUGAAGCUUCAGGAAAUUUUUAUCUUUUGUGUUCAAAUUUCAGUUCAAAUGAAACAUUUACACUUCUGUUCUGAGUGAGCUGAGAGACAUACAGGCUUCAUAACAUGCUUUUAAGCACUGGGUAACACAACAGCAGUGUGUGCGUGUGCUUAUAACACUUCUGCAUGUUAUAAAGAUGUAACGCAGCUUCAGAUGAGAAUCUUCAUAAGCACCGUGCUGCUCAUUACAUCUGCACACUCACUCUCUCUCUCUCUCUCUCUCUCUCUCUCUCUCUCUCUCUCUCUCUCUCUCUCUCUCUCUCUGUCUCUCUC